CAAGUCUUCAGCAUGUGCGACCUUUCUGGGACAGGUCUGAUGGCUGUGUCUACCCAUUUUGACGUACCUUUCCUAUCCAAAAGAGAUGAUAAUUCAUCAAGAAGGCUUGCUUUAGGUUUCUCGAAGCUUUUAUUGACUUAGGUCUAAUGCCUGGAACAUCUUUAAUUACAGAUUCAAUUUCCCUCCAGUUGUAUUGGUUGUUUGAUUUGUGGGGCCUAUUUACCAAGGAUUUAGAAACAUGCUGAUUUUGGUUUUGUUUCGGGUUCAAGUUCAUUUUGAAUCAAGUGUAUGUUAUCUUAACAUCUAGUAGCCGAGGAAUCUAGAAAGAAGAAAUUAACAUGGAAUGAAUCUAGCGGAUUAAAAAGGUACAUAGCUAUAGUAAGAGUACAAAUAAAGCUUGCAGCUUUUGUGUACUAUGGCCUUCAAAAAUGAGAAUAUGAACUUUCAGAGUUUCAUAAACUGCAUAUGAAAAAGCUAGUUUUUCAAGCACUUGCCUCCAAAAUAGACAAAAAUGCAACAAAGACAGCCAGGGACCAGUCCUUUGUGAGAUCUUCAGAACCCUUUUGGAACUAGUUACUGAUGUGACAUUUGAAGAGAAGGUUUGAGGAGAAGGUUGGAUCAGUCUAGUCAGGACAUGCUGUAAUUGAUGAGAAGCUAUGAUCCAAACCAUGUAAUUUCUGCCUUGCUGAGACAUGCCUAUGUUGUCCUUGUUUUGAAUGACUUUCUGUAUUCCAUAGGACUCCCCAGUGGCUUAAGAAGAUGUUUGCAGCCGUUACCAAGACUGAAAGGAAUGGCCCUGUGUUCCGCUUUUUCAUGGACCUUGGAGAUGCAGGUCAUAUCCUCUUUGAUUGGUUGGACUUAUAUCCUUUUCUAUCUCAGAGUUUCUUAUGUUAAACGGCUGAAUAUUCCCAGUGGUGUCGUUGGUGCAUGUCGCCUUGAUAUAGCAUAUGAGCAUUUCAAGGAAAGGCCACACUUAUUCCAAUUUGUCCCAAAUGAGAAACAGGUCAAGGAAGCAAAUAAACUCCUUAAGAUGAUGCCACAAAAUGGGGGAAAGAAAAAGGUUGAAGGAGUGCCUGUUUUCAGUGCUCAAAACUUAGAUAUUGCUAUAGCCACUACUGAUGGUAUAAAAUGGUACACACCAUACUUCUUUGACAAAAGUACACUGGACAACAUUCUUGAAGAAUCUGUCGAUCAGCAUUUCCAUUCAUUGAUCCAAACUCGGAACAUGCAGCGAAGACGGGAGAUUGUUGAUGACAACUUGGCGGCAGAAGUAGUUGAAGAGAUGGGAGAUAGCAUGUGGGAACCUCCCGAGGUUCAGGAAGUGAUUGACGAAAUGGGCAAUCCUGGGAUUCCUUUCAGUGUCAUAUCCAAGGCUGCUGAAAUUCAGCUUCUUCAUGCUGUCGACAAGGUAUUUCUUGGAAAUAGAUGGCUGCGGAAAGCAACUGGAAUCCAACCAAAAUUUCCUUAUAUAGUUGACUCAUUUGAGAAAAGGAGUACCGCUUCUUUCUUGAGAGCAAGCAAAUAUUCCAACCUCAUUGAAGACUGUAAUUUAGGAAACAGUAGCAUGUCGCUUCAGUGCCUUGACAAGUCAGAGGAUCAUAUGAAAGAUAACAUCUCUGCUGAGCAGGAAAAAAAGCUGGACUCUCAACUUCCAUUCCAUGAUUGGUUGGCUCUUCCAUGGUUGAAGGAACGGCAGAAGCUCCCAACAUUAGAAGAUAAAAAAGAGAAGAUUGCUACUGAGUCUAGGAGACAACAACUACAGUCGUCUCCUCUUCUUCCGAAGAUUACUAUGGUUGGUAUCUCAGCAGGAGAGGCAGGGCAGAUGAACAAGGCCACAUUAAAAAAGACAAUGGAGGAUCUAACAAAAGAAUUAGAAAGGAUGGAUCCGUCAAAAUCAGGCAGGAACUGUUAGUAACGAACUUAAAAUCGAAGAGAGAGAUCCUCUUUUUGUGGCAAAUAUUGGUGAUUAUGUAAAAGCAGGUUCAGCUAGAUUGAUUAGGAGAGAAGCCAACUAGACACAUUACCAGUUUUGUAUCUUUGUUGCACUUAGCUUGUGUAGUUGUUCCAGGCACCGGGAAGAUGUAAAUUAGUGGGGCAAUUCAUGUUUGUAUGGUACUAGUGGAUGAUGUGCUGUGUUUGUGAUGGUUAGAACUGGCAGCAUUGGGUUAUUAGUCUUACAAUAAGCGCCAAGAAUAGCAGUUUCAUACGGGUAGAAAGCACAGUAUUUCUGAGCCUUGUGACUUUUUGUUGUAGCUGAUGAUCUGAAAGUUUUGGCAGCAGUGAUGAGAGUUUCUUGUGGGCAUUUCUUGGGCAUGUGAUAAUAAUACUCUGGAUCUGUUACUAGUAGUGUCCUUUUGAAGUCAUGUUUACCUCGUUCGUUCGAACAGAUGAGAAUGGGGAAUUUGCAUCGACAUAAGUUAUGUACAAUAGAUUGAGUUCAAUGAAAAAGGAAAUCUUUUCAGCAA